UUCAUCUACAUUUCCAAAUCCCCCCGGCUUCCAUCUCAGUCUCCAUGACUUUCCUCAGCUCCAUAUCCAGUCUUGAUCGAGAAAUCCGCAGAGAUUUAUACAAGACACGUAUGAACACCCUGCAGCUGCUGGCUCUCGUCCUGUCUUUGAGUUGCCAUCAGGUUGUCUCCCAAUGCUCACUGACCAGAUUCGUGUCGUAUGUGGAAAAGGAAGAAUGCAGCCACUGUCUGGCCAUCAAUACCACCAGCUGCGCGGGUUUCUGCAUCUCCCGGGAUGUCAACACAAAGUCACUACUACCGAAGAUUGCACUGGUCCAGAGUGUCUGCACCUAUCGACAUGUCAAGUACAUUUCCAUUAAACUUCCUGGAUGCCCCCCAAACGUUGACCCCUUCUACAGGUUCCCAGUUAUUCUCAGCUGUGUGUGUAGCCAGUGCACAACCGAUACCACAGACUGCAUCAAUGGAGCUGAUGCUUCCCUCGAUUGCACCAAGCCACAAUGGAGCAUCCCCAUCUCACAUUCUCGCAUCCUCCCCCUCUCAGGCAAUGUAUAAGAGCAGUAGGUGGCUCCUCCAUUUUAUAACAUCUGCCACCCUGUAUCUUAAUUCCAUCUACCUACAUCAAUUCCAUAGUACAUAAUAGCCAAAAAGAAAAUCUAUCAAUCACAGUUUUGAAACUUUUCAUCGAACCCACACAGUAGGUUUAAGAGGAGAGUUCCAGAUUUCCACUUCCCUUAGUGCGAACAAGUGCUUCCUGACAUCUAUUUUGAAGGUCAUAUCCUGUGUUCAAGAAUUCCCCAGCACCAAAUAAAAACCAAAUCUUGAUGUCUAGUCAACUGUCGUGAAUCACUCCAAAUCUCUAACAUAAUAAAAAUAUUACACAUUUCCAAAUUCUGUAUAUUCACAGCUUCUGUCCACAAGCUGUUGCACUUCUUACAUUAGCACCAAAAAUCAUGGCAACAUUGAACACUGAGAAGUGUUAUAUAAUGAGAAUUCCCUAUUUAAACAAUUCCCCAUGGCUCUGUACAAGCAGCUGCUGUCACUGGCUAACUGUACAGCUCCAUUUCUCCCUGUACUGCUGCUUCCAGUGGUACCCUGUUCAGCAAUACAAGAGAUUUAUUAUACUAAUAAAAUCAAUGUACCCAUUUGUACAUUCAAGAAAUGAAUAAUUCUUGUAGUUUGAGGAAUUGCAAAGAUUAUUUAAAUCCAGUCCACACAGUUUGAGAAUGGCAAUGGAAUUUAGUUUGUAAAACUAUAGUUAUUUUCAAAGAACAAUAUUGACUCUGGGUGAUUGCCUGAGGAAUACAAAGAUGACUUUCAAUUGAAACAUUGUCUGUUUGUGCAGCUAUUAUACUAAUCCCUUCAAUGUAUUGUUCCAAUAUUUGUUUCUUAGAUUUAUUACUCCUCUGAACUGAUAUUUCACAUGCUUCAAAAUUAAUGAAUUGUUCAAAAUUGUCAUUGUUCAAAAUUUUCUGACUU